UAUCUCUGGAUACUUUACACCUGAUUUGGCUUUUACUGUUUGCCCCUUUUUAAGUAGCUCAGCACAUGAGAAAACUGCAUUCUUUGCUGCCUAGUAACCUGUGAUGCAGUGGUGUAGCUGAUUCUGAUUGGUCAGUGAACUGAAGCGUCUGUAUGAACUGGAGCUCAGUCUCUCAAACUCUCUCAGUUGUUGGGUGUAGAGACAAAAUGCUGCUGAGUCUGCAGCUGCUGCUCCUACUGACUCUGACUAUAAGAACAGAUGGAUAUUUUUACACCAUGAUAAAAGAAUGCAUUGCCAGUUCAGCAGAUCUGACUGAUGCGGAAUACAUAGAUACAUAUUACUUUAACAAGGUGAAAUAUGUGCAGUUCAAUAGCACCAAGGGGAGGUUUGUGGGCUUCACUGAGUUUGGACUGGAAACUGCAAAGAAAUGGAACAACAGGCCUGAAGUGCAGCAGGAGAGAGACGAGCUGGACAGAGUCUGCAAACCCAAUCUAGAAAUACAGUUCUCUCACAUUGUGGAUAAAACAGUGAAGCCAAAAAUCCGGCUCAGGUCAGAAGAGGAGGCCAGUGGUGGUCAUCCAGCCAUAUUAUUGUGCAGCGCAUACGACUUCUAUCCCCCAGCCAUCGAUGUGUACUGGCUGAGAGACGAUGAAAAGGUGACCAUGGAUACAAUUUCCACUGAGGAGAUGGCUGACGGAGACUGGUACUACCAGGUUCACUCUCACCUGGAGUACACGCCCACAUCUGGAGAGAAGAUCUCCUGUGUGGUGGAGCACGCCAGCUCCAAGAAGCCCAUCAUCUACAACUGGGAGCCACAUGUUUCUCAGUCUGAGCGGAACAAGAUCGCUAUCGGAGCUUCAGGACUGGUGUUGGGGAUCAUCCUGUCAGCUGCUGGAUUCAUCUACUACAAGAAGAAAUCCUCAGAACGGAUCCUGGUGCCGAGCUGAAUCACCAUGGAACCACCUUCAAAUGCCAUUGACCCUUCUGCUGUACUGAAAAAGCGUCACCUGUAUUUACCAUGGAAACCCAUACUGUGAUGGAAUGGAAAGCCUGAGCUGGAUGUCCUAGAUGGUCAAACAUCUCAUACCUCUUGUUACAAUGUAUACGUCUGUCCCAAUUCAGGGGCUGCAUCCUUCAAAAGCUGCAUAGACCUGUGAAGGCUAGACCGAAAUGAAUCUGCUGUACGACGGAUUCCCUGUUUGUCACAACACCGCUGUUCCCACCCUUAGUGUUGCAUCACGAAACAUUCUUUCAAAGUUCUUUAAAAAUGGAACCAGAAACUUUGACGUUAGUUUUCUAAUUGUUUUAUUGUUUAGAGCGGGAGAUCCCUCCGUAAAAAAAAAUAGGCUUUUUUGACAUUUAUAUUUUUAGCUAUUCGACUCAGUUUAAACCCAGUACUUACAUUUAAGAGUGCACUCCUGUCUGCCAAAGCUGUCGUGUCCUUGAGUCCUCACCAAUUAACCCUGGGAUAUAUUGCCUGGUAAAGCAUCCACCUGUUGAAAGGACACAUCGAAAUGGGACAGCUUAGUUGCUUGUUGCUGUGAUGCAAUUGUUGAUCUGCCUUCAAAUGCAGCCCUAGAAUUGGGACACAGCUUAUAUGAAGCUUAAUGAUUGGAGAUCACUUCAUAAACUGCUGAUGUUCUGGUGACCCUGAUGUUUUGCAUCCUAGGUGACAUUUUAAUUGGCGCCUGCCCUGACAUCUACACCUCCAUUUCCAAAAAAAGUUGGAACACUGUAAAUGUAAAUAAAAACAAAAUGCAGAUCAUUUAAAGAUGAAAAGAUACUGAGAAUCU